AUGGUCCUGCUAAGCAACGCUGCUUUCAUUGAAGAGUUGAGCAAACUAUGUGGAGAGGAAGACGAGAAGAAAAAAACUUCCAUAUGGAUUACCAUGAAAAAAGUCAAGCGAAGCGCCGUGAAGAACGUCAUCCCCAAAAAGGAAAACUCAGAAAAGAAAAGCAAAAGGACCAACAAGGAUGAUAACAAGAGCAACAAAAAGUUCGUCUGCUUGGUCAGGGCCACCGAUGGAAAAAAGAAAAAAAUUUCAACGCACGUGUAUGACAAUGCGGUUAACUUUUCACAAGAGUUAAGCAACAUCAUGCGCAGUUAG